AUGUAAUGAUGAUGAUGAUGGUGGUGGAGAAGGGAGCAGCAGGUGGCGAUGGCGGUGGGGUAGGAGAUGAUAUGGGAGAAGGGAUGCGAUGCAACGACCAUCCCUACAGAAACAACCCUGGUGGGAUCUGUGCCUUUUGUCUGCAAGAAAAACUUGGUAAGCUUAUCUCCUCUUCUAAAUCCAUCCCUUCCUUCCCUUCCUCUUCUUCUUCGUCGCCUUCGUACAGGUCUGAGGGUGGUGGUGGUCUCGGUAGUUCCUCUUCUGUCUCCUUCUUAGUUCCUCAUUCAUCAUCUUUCACUACCACCACUACCAUCAACAGCAUCAACAUCAACACCAACAACAACAAUAAUGAUUACUCUGGUUCUCAUCAUUUGAGGCGAGCAAGGAUGACUCCUUUUCUCCCACACCAGAAUGAUAAAGCCAAGAAGGUUGUGAUGGCUAGCUCUGAUGCAAAUCUGGUACUCGAAAGAAGCAAAUCAUCCUCUGUUACGAGGCGGCAGUACUUUGAUGCCAACGAAUACAGUCCAAGGAAGAAAAAAUUCUGGUCCUUCUUUAACCUGUCCACCAGAAGACGAAGCAACAGAGAUGGUGAAUCCACCACCACCACUACCACCCAAUCAGCAACAUCGGCAGUAGCAGUAGCAGCACCAGCAGGAAGGGACAAGGGGGUGGAGUCUUCGUCGACGAUGAGAGGGGAAUAUGUGGACGAUGACGAGAGCCCUAACAGCAGCCACACCUCGUCUUCAUCGUUUGGCCGCAAGGUUGCCAGAUCUAGAUCCGUGGGGUGUGGUAGCAGGAGCUUCUCCGGUGACUUCCUGGAGAGAAUCUCGACUGGAUUCGGUGACUGUACUCUGAGGAGGGUGGAAUCGCAGAGGGAAACCAAACCCAAAAGCGUCCUUCAUCAUCAUCGAAGCACACCAGCUGCGAAUGCUGCCGACGAAGCUCAGCGUAUUAAGGAGAGAGUCAAAUGCGGUGGUAUCUUCGGAGGAUUCUCAACUUCUUAUUGGCAGCAAUCUUCAUCGGCAGCAGUGGUAGUAGCAGCAGCGACACCUCACAGUCGAAAUAAGAGCUGGGGUUGGGCUUUUGCCAGCCCCAUGAGAGCUUUCACCAGACCUUCUUCUUCUACUAAAGCCGACGACAAAGACGGUAGUAGAAGAGACGUGCAGGUUACGCCGAGCAAAGAUUCCACAACCACCACCACCAGCGGCGCCACCAGUGAAACCACUCCAAACCUUGCCGCCAUUCCUUCACUGUUGACUGUACGGGUCUAA